GAUUCAACCCACCUGUACGCUUUCCUCUGACAACAUGUGUUGCAACUACUACGGCAACUCCUGCGGCUGUGGCUGUGGGUACGGUGGCUAUGGCUCUGGCUGUGGCUGUGGCUAUGGUGGCUAUGGUGGCUAUGGUUGUGGCUGUGGAUACCGUGGCUAUGGUGGAUAUGGCUCCAGCUGUGGCUGUGGAUAUGGCUCUGGCUGUGGCUGUGGAUACGGUGGCUUUGGUGGCUAUGGUGGAUAUGGUUGUGGCUGUGGAUACCGUGGCUAUGGUGGAUAUGGCUCCAGCUGUGGCUGUGGAUAUGGCUCUGGCUGUGGCUGUGGAUACGGUGGCUAUGGUGGCUAUGGCUCUGGCUAUGGCUCUGGCUGUUGUGGCUCCCGGGUGUUUUGCUACAGAAGAUGUUAUUCUCCUUGCUGCUAAAACAUCACUAUCAGAGGACCAUUUGUUUCUGAAAUGACACUUCUAAAAGACGACACUUCUUCAAGAUCCACUCCUCAAGAUCUUUACCUUCAGAAAAUGGCAUGCUUGAAAGUCAUUGGUCUUCGGCUGCCCAUCUCUUGGAUGGCAUCUGGGAGGCCCUAGGACCUGUGCUAUCUUCUCACCACUUUCCACAUAGUAGCCUUUGCUCCCUGAAAAUCUGAUUCUCUGUCAUGACCAUGUUGAUGACCAUGGCAUCGACAGUGGUCAGAGUCACUUAUUUUCAAUAAAAAUGGUUGUUUGUUUCUAAUAA